AUGGGCAGUUCUGGGGCUAUCAAAAGAUCCAAGCUGGACAAAACGGAGCCGGAGAUUAAUUUUGAGAGGUUUGUGGAGGAGCUGGAUGCUGGGGACUCUUUCACGACUUCUAUCUUCGAUAUAUUGGUUAAUGAACUCGCUGAUAGGCAAUCCCGCUCGAAUGUGGACGACCGCCGGCUCAUAGGGGAACGUACCGCAAGAAGCCUCCGAAUCAUAACCAGCUCCAACAAAGUCUACUUUUCUUCAUCUUUCUCUCACCGUGUUACCGGGCGCAGUAGGUCGCAUAUAUACUACCCCGGACCCCCUGAAGACAUAGACUUGGAGGAGGACGAGGACGAGGACGAAUUCAGUGCUCUCCUUGAUACAGAUACAACUCUGCGACAGCAGCAUGAUGCGAUGAUGGAGACUGCGGGUGCUAGUAGUGUACUACCCUCUUUCGCUACCAGGUCUUCAAGCCCAGCACCCAUUGCUCCGACAGAUGAAGUAUCCGCCUAUUCACGCAGCUGGGUCCCUCCGCGUUCAUAUCUUCAAUCUGGUUCAAGCUUAUCUCGUUCAUCCUCUUUGCGUCGUCCAACAAGGUCAAGGACAGUGGAUUUCAACGAUUUUACCUCCAGAAGGCGAUCUACCAUCCGGAACACCACUAGUGGUGCUACUAGUAGUGUGAAUACUGACGCUACUUCGAAUACUGCUUCCGAAUCUCGAGACAGAGACAGCAAUUCUUGGCUUUCGCCUGGAGCGACCCGUAGAUUCUUCGGUCUCAGUCGACCACGGAGGUCAAACCCUGAACUUAAUCUUUGGAGCGAUCUUCCUGAUGGUGACGACGGGCUUACUAUUGGUGAUAACACCACUGUACCGUAUCUACCUGCUUCCUCUUCAUCACAUGGAGUCAUCCUACCCCCACUCUCUGAAGCGGAAAUAAGCGGUGAACGUAGCACGACUUCAAUUCCGGGCUCAAAUUCAAACCCCACUUUUCCGAGGCUACGAAGAGGUAGCUUACGGCGUCCAGAAUCCUUGUUAUCGAGACAGGCCUCUCCAGCCGAAACGGUGGUACUUCCCGACGAUUAUGAUUCUUCGAGGCGUGCACCCUCACCUCCAGAUAUAUCUGAAUAUAUUGUCGAGAGUUUUGAUCGACCUCGAUUUGGACGUGGUACAUUCUCCAGCCUUCCAAUUCUGAUUCCAGAAGGAGGAAGUGAAGGUGGAGCAACAUAUGGUACUAUUGAAACUGCCGCGUACCCAACUCCAGGUUCUACGGUUGACAACUGA